AUGAAUUUAAGCAAGAUUGACUUAACUCUAUCAACUGUGAAACCUUAUUAUUUGUAUUACCUUCGUGUGCGAGUUGAAAUAACCUCAGUGAUGCAAUAUUAUAAAUUUUCUGCAACUGUUAGAACUUAUGCUGAUGGAAUUAUCCUUGCUUCAUUGGUAGGAACAAUACCAAUAGUGUAUCGAGGUAGUCAAUUUUGUUUACCAUUAUGUAUUAUGUAUCCGUAUGAUUAUCCACUUUCUCCACCUCUCUUUUUUACUGACCCAACACCAGAAAUGGAAGUUGUUCCAGGACAUCCAUAUGCAAUGCCAAACAUUGUUAUUUGUCAUCCAAUUCUUGAUAGAUGGUCAGAAAAUGUAAAUACUCUGAGCGUUUUGCAAGUGUUUGUGAAAGACUUUUCUUAUAUGCCUCCUUUAAGGAUGAAAACAUCUGUUAUACCUUCGUAUUCAUGUUAUUUCCCAGAGUGGUCAUCUUAUUAUUCAUAUCCUCAAAACUAUAACCAACCAAUUCCUUUAAACCAUUCUCAUCAACUACCAUCAAUAUCAUCUAUUUAUGCAACAGAAAGUAAUCCUUCUAUUCCACCACCUCAAAGCCAACAAUUACCUUCAUUUCAAAAUACUAUGGAUACUCUUUUUACAAUUGAUGGGUUUGCACCAUUCAAAACAAAAGAGAAUGAAUGUUCUCAAUCACCUUCUCAUAAGAAAUUAUUUACAAAGUCAAGUGGACCAAUGAUUACCGAUUUAAAAGCAUUUGUACUUGGAAAACAACAGCACAUGAAAAGAAGUUUACCGACUAUAUCACAAACGAAAAAAUAUAAAACUCGAACAACACUUACUCCAUUAAACACAAAAUAA